AGAUCGGUGGCCGUCAAGGUGAUGAACCUCGGCUGCGGAGCUAUCGGCAUCCGAGAAGUGAGGUUUAUGAGAUUCCUCAGCUCCGUGCCCCAUUCCGAGUUCCGGCCAGUGGUUAGGCUUCUCGAUGCUCUCACCUACCAGGGGCACUACUGCCUCGUCACCGAGCUCUUCAGCGGCACUCUGUCUCUCUUGGGUGCGGAGGGGGGAGCGGGGCAGCGGGAACGAACCAGCGUGCCAGCAGCAGCAGCAGCAGAAGCUGAAGCAGAAGCAGCAGCGCUACCGUCGACGACGACGACGACGACGACGACGACGACGACGACGACGCACAACAGCAGCACCAGAUCCUACUCGAGCGCUGUCGAGAAGUGGUCGGUUGCCCGUCUCUUCGUCGACCAGGGAGCCCGCGAAAGCCCGGGGGGCUUUCAACGGGUGGGCGCUCCUGCUGAGCCAAGCGGCAGGCUAGGGUGGAGUAGCCUAGCGGGCGUCGGAGCGUCGUCACCCUCGGGCGGUGGCCUCGAGGACAGCGUCAGCAGCAAUGGCAGCAGCGGCAUAGGGCGGAAGAAGGGGGAGCGCGGCGCAGGCGACGGCGGUGCCGCCGGGUUUUCGUCCGGCGGCGGCGGUUGCCCCGUGGCCGUCAUCCGGCACGUUGCUCUCCAGCUGGGCACCAGAGGCAAGGGGGUGUACCUUGUAGCGGUGGGUUUCGAUGCUGGCUGCGAGGUUGUGUGUUUUUAG